CAUGGAGGACACCGCUGGCAGUAAUCCCCAGUCUCUCGGAUUUACAGAAAAAUUAAAGUCGUGGCUCUCAUGGUCAUGGACUUACGUGUGCUUCAUUUGGUUCGGCAUGGUGCUGAUAAUGAUUUACGUCCUGUGGAGUCCGCUCAAACUGCAGGAAACUCUUACCUCAGCAUCAGUGUUUUUGAACACACUUACACCCAAGUUCUAUGUGGCUCUCACUGGAACCUCCUCUCUCAUCUCUGGACUCAUCCUUAUAUUUGAGUGGUGGUAUUUCCGUAAAUAUGGGACUUCGUUCAUUGAACAAGUGUCAGUGAGCCACCUGCGUCCUCUCCUGGGCGGAGUGGAGAGCAGCUCCACCACUGGUCUAUUUGCAUCAGUUAAUGGAGAGGCAGAGCCAAGGCCAAGUGUUUCAGAGUGCAAGGUCUGGAGAAAUCCUUUAAAUCUGUUCAGAGGAGCAGAAUAUAACAGGUACACCUGGGUAACAGGAAAGGAACCUUUAACAUACUACGAUAUGAAUCUGUCUGCUCAAGACCACCAGACCUUCUUCACAGGAGACACUCCACAGUUAAGGCCAGAGGACGCAGUGAUGCAGAAAGCCUGGAGAGAGAGAAAUCCUCAAGCCCGGAUCAGAGCAGCUUACCAGGCCAUAGAAAUGAACCAUGAAUGUGCUGCUGCUUAUGUGCUCUUAGCAGAGGAAGAAGCCACAACUAUUACAGAAGCAGAACGCCUCUUCAAAAAAGCACUUACUAUAGCUGGAAAAGAUAUCAACUUACUGGUAUACAUUAAACGCAGACUGGCGAUGUGUGCGCGCAAACUGGGGCGAAUAAAAGAAGCAGUAAAAAUGAUGAGAGAUUUAAUGAAGGAGUUCCCACUAUUAGGAAUGUUAAAUAUACAUGAAAACCUCUUAGAGGCACUUCUAGAGCUACAGGCAUAUGCUGAUGUCCAAGCAGUCCUCGCUAAAUAUGAUGACAUCAGUUUGCCAAAAUCAGCCACAAUAUGCUACACAUCAGCACUGCUGAAAGCACGGGCUGUAUCAGAUAAGUUUUCUCCAGAGGCCGCGUCGAGGCGAGGGCUCAGCACAGCAGAAAUGAAUGCUGUGGAGGCCAUACACAGAGCUGUUGAGUUCAAUCCACAUGUGCCAAAGUACUUGUUGGAGAUGAAGAGCCUGAUCCUGCCUCCAGAGCACAUCUUGAAGAGGGGUGACAGUGAGGCAGUGGCAUAUGCUUUCUUCCACCUGCAACACUGGAAAAGAGCAGAGGGAGCCUUAAACUUACUACACUGCACAUGGGAGGGCACCUUCCGGAUAAUUCCCUACCCAUUAGAGAAGGGUCACCUGUUUUACCCUUACCCAGGAUGCACAGAAACAGCAGACAGAGAGCUACUGCCCUCCUUCCACGAGGUGUCUGUGUACCCAAAGAAAGAGCUCCCCUUCUUCAUCCUCUUCACAGCAGGCCUUUGCUCCUUCACUGCCAUGCUGGCCAUGCUCACGCAUCAGUUCCCUGAGCUCAUGGGUGUCUUUGCCAAAGCAUUCUUCAGCACACUCUUUGCACCCCUGGGUUUCUUCGCAGACAAGAUGGAAAGCUUCAUGCCGUCCAGUUUUUGGCACCAGCUGACUCGGAUCUGACCCCAUCCCACUCACACACACACACACACUCACACACAUACACCAGUACCACUCCAAACCCUCGGACAAAAAGUGUUUGCUCUCCUGUCUUCAGCAUUACUGUCCACUUGCUGCAUUGUUACUGAUUAUGUUGGCUGAGGUUGUAUCAACACAGCAAUACCACCGCUCUUAAGACGCUCUCCCACACUGUUUGAGCUGCCAGUGUUUUUCCAGGACCACAUUUAGCGAAUAACAUUUGCGAGGAUUUCGCAGAGUCAUUCAUUUGCUCUUGAGUUCGAAUUGGGCAAUUUGAAGUUCUUAAGUGUCCCUCAAAGCUUGGCUGAGGAUUCUUUUGUGCAAAAAACAUAUUAGAACCUUUUUGAGAGGCACUAAAAUCAGGAAAAGCCUAAAAUAGUGAUCUUAAUAGUCCUCUAAAUGCUGUCUAGUCAAAUCAAUUUAUUUUAACCAGCAAGUAAUUUUCUUCAAGAAACAUACUAGUGCAUAAAGGUCAGUUCCCCUCUAUUCCCUGCUGUUGUUUUUAAAUGCAUCACAAAGUCCUUUUCAGUAUUUUGCAUGGGAACUUUAGUGCCCUGUUUCAACCCUAAAUACCCUGCAGACAUCCACUAAAGCAAAUUUAAAAGUCUGUAACAUCUCCUUAAAACCAGAGCUGUGAUUUACAGCUUCCAAGUGCCUGCAGUGUAUACAACGCCUCUGUGGUUCAACAGUUGUUACCAUGGCAUGACACCUCAGCAGUAUAUCACUGGAGCAACCAGAACAACAGAAAAGCAAAUGGGAUCAUCUCUGGUCACACUUUGGUGUUACAAGUGAUUGCACUUCAGCUUCUUAUAAGUUAAUGGGUUAUUUAGUGUUGCAAAAUGAAAAACAAGAGACACAUUUAGGAGUUAAUGUGCAGUUAUUGAACUAUAGAAGUAAUGCACAAGAUUACAGGGUGCACCAGCACAUUUUUAGAAGUCAUUUGAGGUAAUAGGACAAAUCUAAAAAACAACAACAAAAAAAAAGGUUGACUCUGCCCUAUAGUGUGUCCUAACAGCAUGCAACAGGAGCAAGCAUCAGAGACAGAAUCACCCUACUGCUCUUAGUAGUCUUUUUACAACCCCAGCGCAGCGGUAGAGAGCUGUCAACAUGAGUCUGUCUGCUCAACAGUCCUGCCCUAUAGUUAGGGAAGGUUUAUGUCGCCACUGUAACGGGGCUAAAUACCGCUAGUGCUGUGCUCAUGAGGAUUAACGCCAGUCUUUAUUAUAACAUUAAUGAACACUGGUCUGUUAUAAUUGGCCACAACAAAGAAUACGGUCUAGACCUGCCCUCGUUGUAAAGUGUGUUGAGAGAACUUUGGUGAUGAAUUGGCGCCAUACAAAGAAUGAUUGAAUUAGUGUAAUUUGUCUUCUAACAUAGUAUCCCAACAGCCUGCAAGUGAUGCAGCAUGAUUGAGCCUGAUGCUCAUUUCUAUUUCCUUUUCUGUUGCUCAUGUUGGCAUGGGCAAGGAUCUGACAAAAUGCUCAGUGUCCUAAAAAACAUUUCUAUUCUGUUCUAUUUUGUUUCAUUUUUCUUACUCAACAGAGCAGGUUAGCUAAACUCUGACUUUUGUUAACACAGAGGAAAAACUUCUCAGCUCAACGCCGUCAAAGACGAAAAGUUCUCAACAAACAUCCAAUAAAUCAUUUUUGUUAUAACAACAUUUAUAUUAAACUACAGCUGAGUAAUUUUGAAACAAAUAUCUAAUGGCAAUUAUUUUUGACUCAUUGGAAAGUCGGUACAAUUUUUUGUAGUGAAGGGAACGAUGAUUAUAUGUCUCUAUCAUUUUUAAGAAAACAAACACAACAAACAAAAAAAUGGAAAUUAGGAUUCUUUGGCAAAUUAUUCUAGGAAAAACUUUUAUUUCAAUGUUUGCAUAUCAUCUACCAGAUAUUAAACUGGUGUUUCGAAACACAUAGACAGUGAAAGAAAUAUUGCAUCUCCUGUGAUUUGAAAAUUGCAGGAGGAUAUGCUGUAGUUUCAUCUUAAUCUCAAUUAAUUGCCCAAAGCACCCUAAAUGUUUUUCUCUGCAUUGAAAAUAAACACACUAGAUGUCAUACUUUAUAAGGAACAAAACAAAAUAAGAUACAUCACUAAAAAGGUGCUAGAUCAAAAAAAUGAACAUGAAAGCAAAGAGAGCCACACAACAGAAAGCUCCUGUUCAAGCAUUAAUCAAAAAUAAGUGACAGUUUGAGCCAACAUGCUUUUAGGCAACAGUUUGAGGAAGAGCAUGUUGACUUGAAACAUCACGUUUUGUUAAUAAAUGCUUGAACAGGAGCUUCCUAGUAUGCAGACCUCUUUGCUUCUUUAUACUUUUUAAGGGGAAAUCUCCAAUUUAAGGAUCAAGAACGAAAUGUUAGAUGUAAUGUGGACAACAAGUGAAGCAAUACAGUGUUGGUGUGUGAUGCAAAGUGAUAUCUGACAAUAACAUGCUGUUAGGACACAGUUGUUUGUACCUCUGUAACUGAUUUGGUUCUGACAUUUUUUUCCCAAUGAAAGAGUUACUAAUUGUAUUACCAGAUUUAAAAUGCUGAAGUAUCAGUAACACUGUUGUCUAAAGUAAAUAUAUAAAGAACUAGCUGUUGAUGUAGUAAUCUGUUAGAAACAAGCAUGUCAGGAUAGAAACUGUCCUAUAUCAACUGUCCAUGAAUAACCUGACGAGUGGCAGCUUAUCAUGUAAUGAGUUCAUGCCUAAGGAUGACCGCCCACCGCUCCACAUGUAACAAAAAUGUGAGAACAAAGUGCCUUUUAGUACAGCAAAAAAGUUAAACACAGUAGUUGUAUAUGAAUUAAUUGCAAUUAACUGCUACAAUUAACUGCAUACUUCACCUACAAAUUGAGAUUAAGUUUAGUCCCACUCUUGCCUACUGUUGAUCCAUUUAAUUUGGCACACAUAUACGAAAAGGUAUUUUAUUGAAACUCUAAAUAACAGGUACCCCAAAUUUGCU